GUGUAGUCUCCCGAGGUGGUCUUCCGCUUUAGCUUUUUUCCUGUCAUGGCUGCUUCCUGUCGUUAACAAAGGAGUGCUGACCCCAGAGAGUCUUAGCUGCUUUCGCCUCUGCCGCAGCGCUGGGUAUUCCCAGAGAAAGUUUCCACCCCGUCCCGUGCGCCUCGCGCUACCGGGAACUCUACCCUGAGCUGCUGCUUUGCUCUUGAGCCGAAGAGGAUUCUCCGUGCCUUAAUUCUCUUAAUUUUGCCUCCCGCUGAGAGGUGCCGUUGGAAGGAGCUUGGGGACUCGUCGGCUCCGAAGGGACCGGCUUCCGCACGCUGCCAUCUCUCCAAUCUAGCCUUGAUUAUUUUCCUUCAGCCCUCAAGAUCCAGGCAACAUGGCCUCAAUGGAUGAUAUCUCCAAAGUAUUUCUGGUCCUCCUCUCUCUGCUCUGUGUGCUGCCUGUGGUGGAAGCAGUAGAAGCUGGUGAUGGGAUAGCGCUUCUGUUGGGCAUGUUUCUCAGCCUUACAGGCAUUUGUGCUUGUUUGGGGAUAUAUGCCAGAAAGAGAAAUGGACAAAUGUGACUUGGGGCAGGGAUGGGGUCUCCCAAGUUAAACAUAACCCUGAAAACCUCUCUGUGGGAGAUUUCUAAUUCAGAAAUCUGUUUCUUAACCGUCAAGGUCCAGAUAGUAAGCAAAUGGUUAUUUUCUAAUCCUUGGAAGAAGUUGCCUUAAAAUGUAAAAACUGCUUUAUGUAAAAAUGGAAGAAAGAAUCAUUUUAUUCACGAUUAGUAUAAGCCUGGUGGCUCACCAACAUGAAAAUUGGUCAAUAACUUGCAAGGGCUGAAAGGAAGGGGUGGAGGGUACUAUCAAAGAAAUAAAAGAAUUAUCAUUUAACCUGAAAGAUAUUCCUUAGCUUCUGGAGUAAUGAAGUUAUAGGAAAAAAGAACUGCAUGUUUACAAUUGUUGGAUGUCAGAUAUUUUCUGUAUUAAGAAAAAUACUACCCAAAGAGGAUUUGAGGCAUCUUUGUUCUGUAUUUAUAUCAAAGAAUUUAUCUAGUUUUAACCCCAGUUAUAUACUACGGUUAAAUAUAAAAUUUAUCUGGUGGGCAUUUGGAAGCUUAAAAAAUUCUUUCUUCAUAAGGAAUUUGGAAAUAUAUAUGUUAGUUACAUAUUUGCUGUUUAAAUAAAGGAAAGAUUUAAUGUCAUUAAAAAAAGUUUUAUAUUGACUACUAAGCAUUUCUGGGAAACGCAUUAAAAUAAACAUUAGACUGUUGUGCUAAUAAAAUGAA